CCCUAAAUUUCAACCGCUCUGCUUCGCUUCGGAUCCGAUUCGUGUAUGGAAUCCGGGAGAUUGAGUAGCUAGGGUUCGGUUCCAUGGGUGGGUGCUGUGGUUUUCUGCGGAUUAGGGCUUGGGAGAUCCCAAUUACUCUACCGGUGGUGGGGGUGCUGUAAGUUAUGGAUUGUGAGGUAGUGAGGUGUGCAUCUCCUGUUACUCAAGGCUCUCCGCAGCGCCACCCGUGGGUUGUUACUGCGAUCCGAGGUUGGUCAUGGAAAUUUGCCAGAUUAAUCUUGGACAAAGUCAUGAUGUGCUUGCAUAUAAGGUUGUUUGCACAGUUGAGUUCCCUGAACCCGGUGCUAAUUAGAUCGUCCGAGUACUAGCACUAGUUGUUUGGGAGUUAGAUUUGUGAAACUCAAUGCAUGAAAUGUAUUUGUCUAGUCUUCUGCAUUUCACCAUUCAUCUUUUUCUUUUUGUUCGUUAAAAAUCUUCAGGACUUUGAGCUCGGUUACUAACUUUGCAUGCUAUUUGUCUGCUUGUCCUCCAUACUCUUGUGCUGGACGAUGCUGUUAACUUACUCUUGGUGUUUCUCUUGGCAGUGCUGGCUGGACUCGCAUUUAUGUUCUCCACGAGCAUUCUGCUGCAAAUACUGGCAUGUGCUUUGUACAACAACUGGUGGCCUAUGUUAGCAGCUCUCAUGUAUGUCCUUAUACCAAUGCCAUGCCUGUUUUUUGGUGAUGGAUCCACACACUUUUUGACAAGCAGAGAAGGUGGAGGGUGGAUUAAUGCUGCAAAAUUCCUGACUGGUGCAUCUGCCAUGGGAAGCCUCGCUAUCCCAGCUAUUCUGAGGCACGCGGGCCUAAUUGAGACCGGUGCCAUGUUUAUCGAGUUCACAUCCUUCUUCAUCCUUGUAUGCACGGUCCUGUGCUUCCAUAGGGCUACCCUAGAUGAAGAUUGGUAAAUGUGCAUGCACGGACCCCAGAAGAAUAGCAAUUCUGUGGCCGCUUCUCUCCAUGCUAAGCAGAAAAAUUCCAGUUGGAAGUUAACAAUUAGCAUGGAUCUGUACAAAGAAGUGUAUUUGAAUCCCCUCGCUGAUGUUUUAUAUAGGCACUGUUUAAGAUCUGUGGUGAUGUGGCAAGGCAGAUGUUAUUUCGAUCACUUUGACAUCGCAGUCGCAUGUUUCUGUGGCGAAGGAACCCAAUCUGUGCAAAACAUGUGCAAGAGCCUGUACACGAUACACCAUAGUACUUCUUUGGGUGGCCGCUACAUUGCCUUAACAUGUUAUUCAAUGAAGUGGUGGAAACUUGAUGCUGAUA